UUUGUUAGUCGACCUUUUCUUUCAAUUACAUCAGUGUCCCUGCAUUUUCUUCAAAUUCAUCUAUAAUUUCAGUAAGUGCAUUCGAUUCGUUAUAAAUAUGAUUCUCCUACUGGUAAAACUAAUUCAAUUACUUAGUCGUAAGUGCACCGAGAUCGAUCGAGAUCGAUCGCGAUAGCCGACGAAUACAAAUGUAAUAGCACCUCUUCGCUUAUAUAAAGUGUGAAAAACGAGACACGAAAGGGGCGUCAAAGAAAAUGUUGAAAAAUUGGGCCGCGAAGAAUCAGGCACCGCUGGCCAAGUGCAUAUUCUACUUCUUCAAACUCCUCGGCACGGCGUGCAUCACCUACGAUCGUCCUCGCUCUUCCGGCAACAAUAAUAAAUUGUUCAAUGAUCGCCGUUACUCCGCGCGAAAAUCGCGCCUCGGCUGCGUCUUCAAUCUGGCCGCGCUGUGCCUGACUCUGCCCGUGAACUACCAGGCGAUGAGCUACAUGCUCAGGAAGACGUACAACGACGACGCGACGAUCUCGCCCUUCGAGAAGGUCUUCAACACGGGCAGCGACGUUUGCGCCACAGCGAGCGCCGGCCUCGUCCUCCUGAUCUUCGCCCUGGAUCAAUCGAGGGACGUGGCUAUCGUCGAAAAAUUGGCCUCGAUCGUGUCCAGGUUCCAGAACCGAUUGCCCUGCCUGAGACUCGGCAAGCUCGUGCUGUUGAGCGGCCUCGUCGACCUGGCCUGGCUCUUAGGCACCAUCAGUCACGUGAGCGCACGGCCCUGGCUCUCCUUGACCCUGUACUACUCCAACUUCGUCCUGCACGCCACCCUUCUGCGCUACACCGUCAGUCUCGUCCUCGUCCAGCAUCUGUACGAGCUCGUCAAUGCGAGACUCGACGAGACGAUCGAUUCGUCCAGGAUCUGGUCGACGACGACGACGACCGCAGCAGCAGCAGCCGUCGAUGUGCGCCUGGCGCGUCUACUGCACAGCCGCUGCACCGAGGCCGUGCGAGAUCUCGCGGCUUUUUUUUCUCUACCGAUGACGGUCUGCCUGCCGAACGUGCUGAUGUCGGCGCUACUGGCCGGCUACUGGAUCACCAAGCCCAUGCAGCCGAACAACGACAACAGGAUCGGUUGCUUCGUCUACGCGCUGCCCUUCGUUUAUCAUAUUAUUCUGUUGGCCUGGAGCGCCACUGGCACCGUCAUAGAGAGCAAACGUACCAGCGGUAUCGUCAACGAGAUCUCGCUUCAGCUCGUCUCCAAAGAUCCGGCGAUAAUCACCGAGUUGAAUCUAUUUUCCAUGCACCUCUUGCACGCGGACGCGCGAAUCGGCGUCUACGGCCUGUUCACGAUCGAUGAGUCACUGCUCGUGUCCGUAAGUCCGAGUCUCUGCGAUAUAUCGGUUAUCGGUACUAUAUAACAAUAUGUACGAAUUAAAAUUUUUUCGUUCUAGAUCGCCGGAUCGAUCACCACGUACUUGGUCAUCAUCUUGCAAUUUCGCGACCAGUCGUAGAAAAAAGUCGUAGCUCUAUAGUAAUAGAGGCUUGUUUACUUGGAGCAACGCAAUUAUUAGCUGCUGUUGUGCUGUUGACGACGCGACUAGCGUCAAACUCGAAAAAUUAGUCACUAUUUCAGAUAUAAAUUGAAAGAGAGAGAGAAAAACUCUCGAGGAAUGUCGUCUGAGUCAUUCGGAGCCGAUGAUUAACCCGCGAGGAAAAGUGGGAGUUAAACGCUGGUACGUGCUGAAAUGAAAAAAAAAACGAGAUCAAAACACAAGCGGUGUAUCAAUAGAUUAAAAAAUGUGUAUUUGCACGUU